GGUCUCUGGGCCCGGACCCGCCCCGAGCCCGCGGCCCUCCGCGCCGGAGCGCAUGCGGGGGGGCUCUGCGCUACUGCCAUGGCUUGCAGGCUGCAGAAGCUGUUUGCUGUGGAAGAGGAGCUUGAAGACGAGGACUUCCUGUUGGCCGUGGAGGACGCGGAGAACCAGCUCUCAGAUUUGGUCCCUGUGAAUUCAAGAUGUUUGAGGCCUUUUUCUUCUGGGCCCAGAGACCCAGGCACUCCCCUGGCACCAGCUCAGGAGUCCCCCCUACCUGCUUUUCCCAGUACCAGCCUGCUGUCCCCAGUCUUUGGGCUGCAGAACCUUCCCAAACUGAGAGUUGGGGCUGAUUGCCCCUCCGGCAAAACACCUGGCCUGAGGCCUCUGACGGUGGUGAACGAUCGGCCUGUGGAUCCUCCAGCUGUGGGCUUCAAGACUCUAAAGAACCAGGUGGCCCCCACGUUGGCAGCACCGGCCCUGCGCACUUCAAACCGCGCGAGGGACUGCACGCCAAGCUGCAGCUCGGCAGCAGGGUUUAAGUUUGUGAGCCGACGGCCUCCCCUUCGGGAAGCUCCCCGGGAUGAUGAAUUUGAAAAUGACCUGUUCCUGGCAGCCUGCGUGCAGGCGGAUGCAGCCUGCCUGCAGCCAGGUCCUGGGCCUGCCGUGGCUGAGAAGGGGAUGCCCCCUCAGGUGUGCAGGAGGGACGAGAGUAGCCCUGGAGGGACCGCCUUCAAAAAGCUUCGGGUGGGAGAGCCAAUGGUAACUCCUAGCCGUGGUGGCUCAGUCUCUCUGCAGCACGAGGGGACUCGGGCCAUCUCGAUGGGGGCAGGCGGAAUGCAGAAUCGGUCCCCGUUCCAGCAGGUGGACCCUGCUCUGAAACUGAAGCUGAGGCCGAGCACAGCAGGUUCUUGCUCCUCUCAGUCUAGCCUAGUAGCUCCGGCUAGCUCCCUGGGGAAUGCAGUCCCACAAGGCAGCAUUGUUGCAGGCAUGGCUUGUGGCACCAUCUCCGCUCCCAGGUGCCACACUUCGCGGCCUUUUCAAGCAUCUCGAACCGAAGCAAGCAGCCCUUCGGUGGCUCCAGUAAAGGCUCCAAGCCUCCACUCCCCAGGGAGUGGCAAUCCAAGGCCACCAGCACCACGGAUGCCCAGUCAGGGCUGUUCCACACCCAGAGGGCCCAGCAGCAGUUGGCGGCCACCUCUUAGGCACCCCGCAGGAUCACGGUCCUUGAUGACUUGGGUGGAGUCACCGACUUCCACCCCAAGAGCUCCCUACUCAGCUUCUGCUGCUGCUGGGAACCUGCAGUCUCCGGUGGUCACCAAUCACCUUAUGCAGCUGGUCACGGCAGCCAACAAGACUCCCAAGGCUUCUGGCUGGACCCCGUCGCGGGUGAAAUCUCGCCGCUUCCCAGGACCUGCAGGGAUUCUGCCUCAUCAGCAUGGUGGGAAAAAUCUGGAGGAAAUCCUGAUUUCCACUCCUCAGACUCCAGCCCAUGGAGCACUGGCAAAGCUACGGACGGAGGAAGUGCCGAGUUCCCAGCAACCAAUAGACGAGGACUUUGGAAAAGGCCCCUGGAUUGCCAUGAAAACCGAGCUGCGGUUGGAUGAAAGAGACCCCUCCUGUUUCCUCAGGACAUAUAGCGUGGCCAUGGUGCUGAGGAAGGCAGCGCUGAAGCAGCUCCCGAAGAACAAGGUCCCCAGCAUGGCGGUGAUGAUCAAGUCACUGAUGCGCACCAAUGUUGACGCUGGUGUCGUGUUCAAGGAUCCUACCGGAGAGAUGCAGGGGACAGUGCACCGCCUGCUGCUGGAGGAGAGACCAAGCGACCUGAAGGCCGGUUCAGUGCUUCUCUUAAAGCAGGUGGGGGUGUUCUCCCCGUCCCACCGCAAUCACUACCUCAACGUGACCCCCAACAACCUGGUGAAGAUUUACCUGCCGGAGUCCAGGGCCGGGAGCCCCCUGCAGCCGUCGCAGGAGCCUGGGGAGAUGGGAGACGGGACGGUGCCAGUGUCCUUAGAGUUACAGUGCAAUGCCGAGCAGAGAGCUGUGCUGGGGGCGUCUCCUGUGCUCUGUGAGGUCCAAAGCCCGGCUGAAUUCCAGCAGGACUCCCCAGAAAAUCUCUCCGGGGGUGCUCCCAACCCCAGGAGCACAUGGAGCUCCAGGAGGGAUGGAAACAGCAGCUGGCGGACGGAACCAUCCUGCCAUGGAGACAGCACGUCGGGGUCAAACAGACGUUCCCAAGAGGAACCCCCGGGGGCUGAAGCCUGUGACAUGGAAGUGGGCCCAUCCACUUGGAAGUGUAACUCCUGGGGUGAACGGGUUAAUCUCCCAGUGACCGGGUCUGGAUGCCCCUGGGGAUGAAAUGGGAAACUUUAAGAAGAGGGGGAAGAAAUGGACUUGAGCCCCUGUUCUUCUCCUGUCUGUGCAGACGAUCUGGAUGGGCUCCUAGGACAGCUGCCAGAGGACUUCUUUUCUGCUUCUGCCAUGGAGAGCAGCCGGUGACCCUCUCUGGAGCUACGAGGCGAAGAUCCCCCAGCCAGCACGGAGCCGGAUGGUCACUCAGCCAGGGGCAGCACCCAGGCUGAAUCCAGGCAGAGCAAGGACUCUGAACAGCGAGGUGACUUGUGUGCCUUAGGUAUCCUGUGCAUGUUUAUGAAUGGUAAGUUUGUUGUGCGUCUGGGAGCUGUGCUGACAGAUAGUCUGGGACUCUCGUACAGAACAGGGGCGACGCUGGCAGCCCUGAUGUGAAAUGAUUCCUGCCUUGCUACCGCUGGGCCCUUCCAGCAGCACCCUGGCAGUCUUUGCUUGGUGCCUUUGACUGAUCACGACCCGCGAGUGAUACAGCUUUCCCUGCUUGUAUCUGAUUCCUGCAUUAAAUGGGUGUUCGGUA